AUGCGCGCGAGUGCCGAGGGGUGGACGGGCGUUAACAUUGUCCCAAAUCUGCCUCGCAUAUACGAAGCAACCCGUCGGCGACUGGCCGCGCGACGUGCAUGCUCUCCCCCCACAGAAGGCGCCGAGACCAAGGUGGCUAAGCUCCGGUCCUCUAACACAUCCGCCUCGACGCGUCAGACCCUCAACCUCAUCCUCGUCGUCAAUGACUCGGCCGUCGAGAUCCUCGCAAACGACGCCACCGCGCUCACGGCGCGUGCACUCAUGGCUCGCAUCUUCCAUCAGGGCAGGCUUCCUCAUACCGCGCUCCAGCGUCAAUGCGCUACGAGCGCAUCGAGCGACGGCAACGGCGAGUCGGUGGAGGAGGGGUCAUGCGAGGGCGAGGAGCCGCUCUCCUGCAUGGACGCCGAGUCGGGGCGCAGGGGUAGGAUGAACUUGCUGAGCGCGGGUGCAAAGGCAGGGGAUGUCGCCGCUCAAGAACGGGCUCAGGACGCGGAUCCUGGGCCCGUACACGUCGGUGGCGGAGUCGGGCAGGCAAGGCUGUCCUUGA